UCAUCAUUUCAAAAUUAGUCGAGACACGCGACACUAUAUAAUCGUAAAGUGAUUCUGUCGUUAUAAAUAUUUAAAAAUAAACCAGCAUGGCAAAAGCACAUCAAGUUUCAAUACCAAUUUCGGAUUUGCUAUCGGAAACACACUUCGAAUUCGCAAUCAAAUGUCUAAAGAAUGUUAUGCACAUAAAAAAGUCGGAAAAUUUUGUCUUCAGUCCGUACAGCAUAUAUGAAGGACUUUUAUUGACUUAUUUCGCAUCGAGAGAGGAUACCGAAUUAUGGUUAAAACGCAUAUUAUUGUACGAGAAUUUUCCCCCAAAAUUGUACUUGUUACACGAUGUGGCAAUGAAAAUGGAUAAGAAGUUGCCCAAUUGUUAUGAGAAAAAUAGUUGUUGGAUUACAAAUUCUAUUGGAUGUAUAAAUAAAAAGAUGGAGCUCUUAUUCACAGAUGAAUUAAAAUUAGUACCUUUUGACGAGAACUCUAUUAAUUUGAAGAAUUGGAUUAAUAAAUUGUUGAGCAUAAAGACACAGAAAUAUAUCCAUAAACCUGUGAAAUUAGACAUUAUUGGCAAAAAUUUGGAAAUUAUUUUGACAACCGUACUUGGCUUCACAGGCAUGGCAUAUCAAAAAAAUGUCGCUGCCAAUAAAUCGAAUACACAUAAGAAACAUUUGGUGAAAGAACCUAAAACUGUUUUAUCUCACAAUCUAGGUAUGCUUGUGACAGAAUUGCCAUACGUAAAUAAGACCCUGUCGCUUUUUCUAUUAUUUCCUGCGACGCCAGAUUUAACCACUGAAAAGUGGAGGAUUAAUGAAGACAUUACAGGAUUAAUCAAAGAUUGACGAAUGGAGCCAUCGAGCUUCGUGCAGUGCUGGAUGACAAAAAGUCAUCAACAGUACAGUUGUCGGAAGACGUGAUACAUCCAGAUUUGUUCGAACAGUUGCCGAAAGAUAAGAUAUUAUGUCCAGAUAUUUUUGAACUAGAGAACGAACUGCCGAUCAAUCAGUUAUUAGAAAUGUUAAACAUCCAACAAUUAUUGGAACCCGACAAAGCCAAUCUCACUGACUUCAUUAUGAAUAAAAAUCUGCGUCUCGGUGGUGCCAAGCAUCGUGCUCAUAUCAAGGUGACACGAGACGACGUCACUGCCGGCGCAAUUAGCAUGUUUUUACCAAAAAUGAAGCGUCCUUUAAGUCAUUCGUACAGACUGAUCGCUCCAAAUGCAAAAAUACGUUUAUUUGUCUGCUCUAUUGCAAAUAUAGGCGCACUAUCCUUUUUAUUGGCGUUGUUAAUAAACUUUGCCCGUUGCCUUCAUCAAACAACAAACUAGUGCGCGCCUUUUCUUCUUUCUUCAAUUUUUUUAAAUAGUCUAAGUAACUCCACAAUAUAAGAUAUACAUAUAUUAUAGAUAGUGCGAUAGAUAAAUUUUUGACUUUCAAACGUUUCAGAUACUUAUCAUUAUAGUUAUUUUAGUUA